AUGUGGAAAUUAUGCUCGAAAGGUUUUGACAAGGGCAACUAUCAAAGGAAACCAUCGCCUUCGGUUUGGUGUCCAUUGAGGUUUACUCUCGACGAGCUCUACAACGGAGUGGAAAAGAGAAUCAAGUUUACCGGAGAACACAUGAAACUCCUCCCUGAUCCUUGCGCGAUAUCACCCAAUGCCGAACCGGAGACACUUGUGGUGAACAUCCCACCGGGUGCUAAGAAUGGCCUGAGAGUUGUAUACCCAAGCAGGGUCAUUCUAGACGACAGAAAGGUCCCCGGAGAUGUGAUCGUUGACGUGAUAGAAGAGCCUCAUGCUGAAUUCCACAGGCAGGGCAAAGAUUUGUGGGCUAUAAGGAAAAUUCCGUUGACGGAAUACGUUACCAAAGAAGCCCUUACAAUCGAAACAUUGGACAAGCGUCUUCUAACUAUUCCAAAGACAGAACCCGGGUGUGUUAUGGAGAUUCCCAACGAAGGCAUGCCUUGUUGGCACGGUUUUGGCAAGACAGGCUCCUUAUUUGUCAGCUUUGAAGUUAUCUACCCAAAGAAUUUAAGUUUGACAAGGGAAGAAAAAGAUGAACUCAAAAAGUUGCUGGCUAAGGAGGAGAAUGAUGUGUGA